GUCUUAGUCUGCGGUCACUACUGAGGUUUUCGGAACUUCCCAGGAAAGGCCCAGUCAGGUCCUUUGCCUGCAACCAACGCCGCGCCCGCCGCCUGCCUGGGACACCCCCAGACCAGGAGAUCCCACCCUCCCGCCAGCACUGACGCCCCAGCUUUUUACGCGCGGUCUGCGCCCCCUGACUGGGCGUCCGGCUCCUGUGCCAAGGGGCGCGCGAAUCUUCCGGAGGCGGGCAACGCUCCCAACAUCUCGGCUCGCCCUCCUCCCCCGAGCGAGUGGAGGGCGAGUGGGUGAGCCCGCAUCCGGAGUGCACUUAAGCGUCCCCAACGCUCGGGAUUCGCCCCCGCCUCACAGCCGACCCUCGAGAAAGGACUGAACCCCAAGGGUUCAGGCCUCUUACUCUGAAACUCAAUUUGCCCCACGUCUUUUCUUUCGAAAACCCGAGUCCAGUCGCGAAUCGGCCGGGUGAGGGGCGGGACAGAGGAUCCAGGCGCUACUGGCCGCGUCGCCCCGUCCGCUGCUGCGCUCACUAUGGCCGGUUGCUGUUGCCUGUCGGCGGAGGAGAAGGAAUCGCAGCGCAUCAGCGCAGAGAUCGAGCGCCAGCUUCGCCGUGACAAGAAGGACGCUCGCCGCGAACUCAAGCUGUUGCUGCUGGGAACUGGUGAAAGUGGAAAAAGCACCUUUAUCAAGCAGAUGAGAAUUAUCCAUGGAUCUGGUUACACUGAAGAAGACAGAAAGGGAUUCACGAAGCUGAUUUACCAAAACAUAUUCACCGCCAUGCAAGCUAUGAUCAGAGCAAUGGACACCCUCAGGAUACACUAUGUGUGUGAGCAGAAUAAGGAAAAUGCCCAGAUUAUCAAAGAAGUGGAAGUGGACAAGGUGUCGGCAUUAUCCAGGGCCCACAUAGAGGCCAUCAAACAGCUGUGGCAGGACCCCGGAAUCCAGGAGUGCUACAACCGCAGGAGGGAGUAUCAGCUGUCGGACUCCGCCAAAUAUUACUUGACUGACAUUGACCGAAUCGCCAUGCCGUCCUUUGUGCCAACACAGCAAGAUGUGCUUCGGGUCCGAGCGCCCACAACUGGCAUCAUCGAGUAUCCCUUUGACUUGGAAAACAUCAUCUUUCGGAUGGUGGAUGUUGGUGGUCAGCGAUCUGAAAGACGGAAAUGGAUUCACUGCUUUGAAAGUGUCACUUCCAUUAUUUUCUUGGUUGCUCUGAGCGAAUAUGACCAGGUCUUGGCUGAGUGUGACAAUGAGAACCGCAUGGAAGAGAGCAAAGCCUUAUUUAAAACCAUUAUCACCUACCCUUGGUUUCUGAACUCAUCUGUGAUUUUGUUCUUAAACAAGAAGGAUCUCCUGGAAGAGAAAAUCAUGUACUCUCAUCUAAUCAGCUAUUUCCCUGAAUACACAGGACCAAAGCAGGAUGUCAAAGCUGCCAGAGACUUUAUCCUGAAGCUUUAUCAAGAUCAGAAUCCUGACAAAGAGAAAGUCAUCUAUUCCCACUUCACGUGUGCCACAGAUACCGAGAAUAUCCGCUUUGUGUUUGCUGCCGUUAAAGACACAAUUCUACAACUAAACCUGAGGGAAUUCAACUUAGUUUAAAAGCUGCUGCCCACUCCUCCGUAACCGAAGACAUGAUUUAGAAGCUCCUCGUUUUCUUUGCCAAUGCUCUGACAUCACCUGACCCAGCCCACUGUGCCAGAAGCCGAGUGUCAUGCAGAACAUGGGACAGAGAUGGGCCAUGCAACU